AUGGCUAUUAAAGCCAUUAACGACACAGCUGGACUUAAUAGCUUGGUUCUUAUACUCUUCGUUUUUAAGACCCUAUCGAGGCUAACGGAGCAAGAUCGACUUGCCGCGUCUACCCAAGAGCGUGCUGCUGCCAUUAACAAAGCUAUGAGAGAAGUACGAAAAUGCUACGCUGCGAGGCAGGUUAAAGACGCGCUCAAGAAGAGGAAUGGCCCAAUUACGGAGCAUACCCUAGACCUUCUUAUUAGCUUACGGAAGUACGAUCUUAGUAUCUCGACCGUGCUCGACGAAAAAGAGAGCGAUUCUUACGUUCUAUUCAUUAAGGACUCCGAGGUGUUGAUUACCGAUAAAGAACGCCGGGACCAUGAGCUCUCAGCUAAGCUACGAGCCGAGGGAAUCAUUAAGAGCCCCGAGGCAUUAUUUCAAGAGUCUAGAGCAAAGGAAUUAGCUGGAUUGAUAGCUUAA